UUUAACCAACUCAACUAAUUUAGCGCGGGUCUCCCCCAAUUCCAUUUAAUGCCACUGCCCAGGCAAUUCCUACCCGUCAGUACAAACAAAAAGCCAAUUUGACAAAAAUUGCCAAUCCAAAACAAGUGGAGGAAAAUUUCCUUUACCUUACCCACUUCCAGAAACAGAUCCCGGACGAGCCCCCAUAUGUGACAUGCUGGCUCCAUGCAUGCAACAUGAACCGGGGAGACCACGCUAUUUUCACAAUAAUAAGUAAUUUAUUAUAUAAUAAACAUAACAAUAAGAAGUGUGGUGCAAGUCAGUAUAAAUGUAAGUAACCAAAAAGGUAAUGUAAAUAUCAGUCCAUGUGAAUACAAAGGAAGACAAAGGAAAGCCAAUGCUGGGAGGAGGGAGAAGCCACGUCUGCUGUCUGGGCAGGCUCUUUAUACUGCCACCGGUCCAUCCCACGCCUGCCGACAAUCUCCUAAUCAGGAGGGAGAGAAACACAGGCACACACAGCAGGGGCGGGGUCAAAGACCCAACUGGGUCGUCACAUGGGUCAGAAUAAAAAAGCUUUCACUGAUGCAGAGGUUGUGAAGGAGUGCAUGAGUGCCGUGGCUGAAACUUUGCUAGAGGGAAAACAAAAGCAGGACAUGUGUGAGAAAAUCAAGCAAAUACCUCUGUCAGCAUGAACAGCCACAAGAAGGAGUGAAGCAUUAUCCCAGGAUGUGCUAGCACAGCUGUAUGAGGCCAUUCAAAAAGCACCCUGUGUGAGUUUGGCAGCAGAUGAGUCUACUGAUGUGACUGACAAUGCUCAGCUGCUUGUUUGUGUGAGGUUCCUGAACAAGGACAAGAAGAUGUUCCAAGAAGACCUGUUAGGAUUAACAGCCCUGAAGACCAGCACAAGAGGAGAGGAUAUCUACUUGGCCAUAAAGGAGAUGCUGAGGAAGAGGGGAAUAGACCCCAAACAAGUGGUUUCAAUAACCACAGAUGGAGCUCCUGCCAUGGUAGGGAGAGAGAAAGGAGCAGUGGCAAGAAUGAAAGAGGACAAUCCCGAGCUCAUCUCUUACCAUACCAUACAUCAAUCAGUCCUGUGUGCUGCCCUGUCAGAUGAGUAUGCUGAGGUGAUGACCUCAAUGAUGAGAAUGAUCAACUUUCUCCGGGCAUCUUCAUCCUAUCAACAUCGCAUGCUGAGGGAAUUCCUCCGAGAAGUUGAUGCCGAUUAUGAUGAGCUCCUGCUCCACAAUGAUGUUAGAUGGCUCAGUGCUGGAGCGCUUUUGGUCCAUUCAAAAAGAGAUCUCAGCUUUCUUGGCACAGCUGAAGAGCCAGAAAGCAAAACCCUUUUCUCUUUUUUUAGAAGAUGAGAGGAAGAUGCACAUUGUGGCUUUUUUGGUUGAUAUCACUUCUCAUCUGAAUGGACUGAACCUGAAGCUACAGGGCAAGGACAGUUCAAUUGGUGACCUCAUGACAGCUGUCCGCUCCUUCCAGAGGAAACUUGAGGUGUUCAAAGAAGACCUGCAGGGAGAGUGUGCAAACUUCCCAACAGUGAAGGAGGUCCAGGGUGAGAGAGAUCAGACUCCUUUUGUUGACUUUCUUGACAAGCUGAUUGUCAACUUCAGCAAGCGUUUUGACAGCUUCAGCUUUGGACAGCAGCUCACCCUGUUCAUCCAGAACCCAUUCCUGAUCACAGAUAUGAGGGGAUUCACACAGGAAGUCAAACAGCUCUUCAGGUGGGCAAACGCUGGGCCUCUACAAAUGCAACUGGUAGAUCUGCAAGCAGAUGUGGCGCUGAAAGAGCAUUUCCAAAGAACUGACCCGGCCAAUUUCUGGCUCCAACUGGUAUCUGAGACAGCCUACCCAGGUCUGAGGAAGGUAGCCCUGCACAUCCUGACCAUGUUUGGCUCAACAUACAGCUGUGAGGCCGCUUUCUCCACAAUGAACAUAAUAAAAAAUGAAUAUCGUAACAAGCUCACUGAUGAGCACCUACAGAUGUGCAUGAGAAUGGCCCUGACACCACCCCAGCCCAGAUUUAAAGCCCUGGCAGGAGAAGCUAGAGCUCAUUUCUCACACUGAGCAAGAGCGAUAAGUUUAGCACAGUCAUAUCAUUUUUUUAUUGUUAAGUUCAGCUCUUAAUUUUAAAGGAGCGUAGGUUUUUUAUUAAGCCCUCAGGUUUUUAUUUUCUAUUUUAUGUGCAGUUGAAUAACAAAAAUUUAAAUUACAAUGUUUAAUUGUUAUGUGGAAAUAAGUGGUAUUGUUUGUUGGAUAUUAUUGAAUGCACUUUAACACUUAUGUGGCCCCCUGCUGGACAAUAUGUUUUAGGUUAAUAAACACUGUUGAAAUAUUAUGAAGUGAAGACCUUCAUUUGAUCUGAUAGUCAGUUGUUGACCAAACAGACACUGAUACUACUAGCGCCUUAAGUACUUAUAUUGGCUAAAUAUGCCUCUGAAUCAUAAUGCACACCUUGACUGUUGGUACAUAAAACACAUGCAGUCCUAUAUCAGUGAAAACAACAGUCAUAAAAAAUGUGUGAUAGACCCCCGGACCCAAGCCUGAGGAUUUUUUU